AUGUCACGGGCCGUACUGAAGCGCGUGGCCGGGGUGUAUAGACGUAAAAUGGUCCGACGGUCGACUCACUCAACUCUCGAAGUUGCUUGUACUCGCGGGGCUCAAACAUCUCGAUCAGUUGCACUCGCCAUCCUCAACAUGUCUGCAAUGACUCCCUUCAGAAUGGCUCAUCGAAAACUGGUGUUCACUUCGACUUUUCGCUCUUUGCCCUCACAACUCACCACAGGCUGUUGCUCUUUGACAACUUCUGCAUCCAUUCGUGCUAAAGCCGCCUCGCGAACCCGUACAACGCCUGAAGAAUUUUCAACAAAGUCUCAUUCACAGAGCAAUGAACAAGACGUCAAGUUCAAGCUCGCGAGCAAACCAAAACCGAAACGUCUCAUACCUCCCAAGCGGCCAUGGAGUAUCAUGCAACUCGUCAUUGAGAGCGUUGUCGCGGAACAAAAAUCAGCCACGGGAUCUAUUACGUCGAUGGCCAUGCGGGACUGCUUUCGUCUGGCUGGAGAGAAAUAUCGAUCACUGAGUGAAGAAGAAAGAAAAUCAUACCAAGAAGAUCUAGAUAAACGUCGUCAAGCGUACGAAGCAGAGAUGCGUCAAUUUCUAGAUUCACUUACUCCACAGGAUUACGUGAACCAAAACGAAUACAUUCGUCGUCGGCGAGCGCUGGGUCGUUCGACUGCCAGACGGGGGAUACCAAAACUGGAUCCCAACGCUCCUAAGCGCCCAUUGAAUGGCUUUAUGCUCUUCUGCGCCGACAUAAGAGCUAAUCCAACAAAAUUUGGAGAAUUCCUAGGCCUUUCAAAUACCCCUACGACCUCUAUCACUGAGGAAUCGAAAGUUUACGCAGCUUAUUGGCGCGAAAUGAAGGACGAAGUUAAGCAAACAUAUCUUGAUGAGGCUACAAGACUAAGAGAACUUUAUAAACAAGAAAAGGAGCAAUAUGAUGAUCAAAUCAAGGCCAAAUCGGCACAGUUUCUUUCACAGACAGGCGUGAUUGAUGCACCAAUCUUUCAUCAAUCUUCUUAUGUGGUCUUUCUCUCUCCUUAUGGAGUCACUUGGCUUUUCUGUACGAUAACCGCCUAA